AUGACUCUUGGAAGUGUUUUAUUCUUGGUUUCUUUCAGAUUUAUGAACAAGCGUGUUCCUUCUAAUAAGAGAUACCAGCCCACAGACUACGAGCACGCAGCCAACUGUGCCACGCAUGCGUUAUGGAUAAUUCCGAGCCUGUUGGGCACCUCAGUGCUGCACUUCCAGUCGGACGACCAAUGGGAGUGCAUGUCGGCCUGGGUGUAUGGCGCCGGGCUCAGCUCGCUCUUCACCAUCUCUACCCUUUUCCACACUGUGGCUUGGAAGAAGAGCCAUCUACGGGAGGUGGAGCACUGUUUUCACAUGUGUGACAGGAUGGUAAUAUAUUUCUUCAUUGCUGCCUCCUACGCGCCUUGGCUCAACCUAAGGGAACUUGGACCCUGGGCGAGCCACAUGCGCUGGCUGGUGUGGGUUAUGGCACUGUCGGGGACCACUUAUGUCUUCUUCUUCCACGAGAGGUACAAGCUUGUGGAGCUGAUCUGCUACACAGUGAUGGGCCUCUUCCCCGCCUUAGUCAUCCUGUCCAUGCCGGAGCAGGCUGGCUUAUGUGAGCUACUGCUGGGCGGCACCUUCUACUGCCUGGGCAUGGUCUUCUUCAAGAGUGACGGCAUCGUGCCUUUCGCCCACGCCAUCUGGCACCUCUUCGUGGCUACUGGUGCCGCCGUGCACUACUACGCCAUCUGGAAGUACCUCUACGUCCUGCCAGCAAACCCGGUCCGUAUCUCCAGAUGA